CACAAUGAAAGAUUAGAAUUGAAGACCUCUUUUUACGUUACGUCAGAUUUUGGAGUUAGUAGACGUACAUUGUAUUAUAACAGUGCAAUGUUUCCAUGUGAUUGUUAAUAAUUUAAAUUAUAGUGUUAGUCAUACGUUACAUUGAAAAAUUUCACAAAUAUGAAGUUGUGGACGUCGCAUCAUACUUUUGAUCAUCCAUGGGAAACAGUUGUGAAAGCAGCAUGCAGAAAGUAUCCAAAUCCUUUAAAUCCUCAUGUUUUGGGAACAGAUGUCAUCGAUAGAAAAGUCAAAGAUGGUGUCCUUUAUUCUCACAGAUUGGUCAGUUCCCAGUGGCGUUUUCCUAAAUGGUUAACACAGUUCUUCGGUCAUCAAGGACCAUACUAUGCCAGCGAAUGGAGUGAAGUAAAUCCAGAAGCUAAAGAAAUGGUAGUCAAAACAGUAAACAUAAGCUUGGGGAAGCACGUCUCGGUCGAUGAGGUAGUCACGUAUGCACCACAUCCAGAGAAUCCGGAGACAACGCUUUUGUCGCAGCAAGCGGUCAUUUCUAUCCAAGGGGUGCCACUCAUAGACCAUUUAGAGAAAUUAUUGACAAUGAGGAUAGACCAGAACGCGAAAAAGGGACGACAAGCAGUGGAAUGGGUCAUUGAGAAAUUUCAGUCGGAAAUGAAAGAUAUGACAGAUGACUUGUUUAGUUAUACGAAACAGGGCAUGGAAGAUCUUCAGAACGUAGCCAAAAAGUCAUUCGAUGAGUUUCAGAAUUUGACAGUGCCGCCGCCGUCACAGUCAAUACCAAAGUUAUAGCUAAUAUUUCACGUUAGCUUCGAUCUCUUUAACUAACGCUAUGUAGAUCUUCGAUGGAACGAUUGUAAGUAAAAUAAAAUGUUUCGAUUUGAAACAAUUCUCUUCGUUAUGGUUUCGGUGUUUCCAAGAAUAUAUACACGGGGAGAGCACGGAAUUGAGGAAUUUCUAUAUUACUGCCUAACAACCGUAUAGUCGAUAAGACUAAUCGAUGAGUUGAUGUAUUAAACCAUCAUCAGUUAGCUGAUUAUUUUAGUAAACGUAUAAGAAACAAAUUAUUUAAAUGAAUCUUUCAUACAUAUAUUUAAUAUAUUCUUUAAAGCGUAGAAAGAGACUGAUACGCAUAAUAAUUUUUAAAUGAAGAGUCAAGGUGUGAACAAAGUUCACAGUGAAAGUACAAAUUAACGUUUGUUUACUAAUUUAUAUAGAAACCAAAAAAAAAAAAGAAAAAAAAUUUGUAUCGUCAAUCGUUCCGCAGAAGUCGCCUUAGUGAAAGAGACGUAGCUGCGACAAUUAAUGAAAGGAAAACAUUUGACAAUAUCGCUUGAUAUCAAAAGGACUUGUUUCUGGAAAAAUACUGUCUAUUAAUAGUUUCCUAUUAAUAGCUUCGAUAAAUAGAAAGUAAACUUUUUAAGGAGAAAGAUACGAAAAGUAUACCGUAUAGUAUAUAAGGUAUAGUAUUUUAUAGGCAGCAGCCAUGUGUUGUCUAUGGUGCAGUGAACAUUUCUCCAAAUGCUUAUUUCCUUCAUUUUCUUUUCGUUUGAGUAUUAUUCUUUAGCAGAAUUCUUUAAAACGAUGUCAUACGUCGUCUUAAGCAUAUUUGCAUAUAUGUUAAAUACAUCUUCAAUGUCGUAGUUAGCUUUUUCAUCGCGUUCAACUUUAAUCUCGUCGUAAAGUAGUAUCGACGAUAUAUAUUUUUUUCUUAUGAUUAUUAAAUUAGCACGAUUCUCUAUUAACCUAAAUGUAUCCACGUGACGCUUGUGCAGGAUUUAGUUGCAGUAGUUAAUUUAGCAUAUAAAAAUCAAUGUAAAUUAUAAGAAGAUGUUAGAACACACUAGAUAUUUCGCGUCAUGUAACGUGUAGUGCACAGAAAAUUCAUGUCAAUUGAUCAGGAUCUGAGCUUAGGUUUGUCUACUCUGACACUGUUGGAUUGGAAAUCAUGAAAACUGAAAUAUACGUGUCAUUAAUCUUAAAGCGAAACAGGUACAUCAUAUUAUUUCCUAUCAAUGUAUACAGUCUAUUGUUACAAUGAAAUUCAUAAAACAGUAAAUGAACAGUAAGAACAUG